CUGCGAUUUUUGGAGGGGGAAUUUCGUUGCGAGUGAUUGUGUGUUUGUUUCUUCUCUUGACUACCGUAAAACCAUCGUCAACCUUAGUUUCAAUGGAGUUGCACACUGUGGCACAAAACGGAUAUUUGUCGAAAUACUCCUUGUCUGAGAAUUUGUUUGUGUAAAUGGAGACAUCAUUAGUCAAGAUAUAAUUGGGUUUGAUGGAAAAAAGCGAUUCCAAGAGGUCAAUUGGCGCAUGCGGAACGAAGAACAGAACACAGUCCAUAUUCUGUGACUCAAAAGAUGUCUCAAUCUGAAAACUGCACUCUGACGACAAAAAACGCUUGUCGUCUUUUGUGAAAGCAGGAUCGUACAGAGACACAGUAUCAACAUUCAAAUGCCUACUAAUUUCGCAUAGAAGCGCUAGCUGAAAAUUAGCUUGCUCCUCUUCAAUGGGAGACCCUAGAGCUAAACAGCGCACUUUGCUCCAGGAGCCAGUCGAGGUUGGUUUCCAGGAUUCCAGUGUCUUGACGAUAUCCAUAAAUAACUCGCUUGAUCUAAUAAGCUCAGAGCGUUGCCUCAGCCUAAUUUUUGCUCUUUCAAAAGCUCUGUCCCUAGUUAUCGGGCGAUUCGUUCGCGAAACGAUCGUAAAUUCUGCAUUUGGAAUCAUAUCCGGACAAGCUCGGUGGUGAACCUAUUUUGAAAAAAUAAAUCAAAUGUAGUUUUAUCAUUACCAAAUCAGUUUAUUCGGUCCAAAUCGGCAUUUCCUAUUUUGAGCACAUGAUAUCAGAUUCCAUGCUGGCCGACAAGAUAUAAAUACCAACAGAUUCUAACCUUUGAAGAGCAGAAUAUGAUUUGUGAAGACUACCUGACAGGGGCACAUUCUAUGGAUGUGCCUCAGGAAACAUUGGAUAAGGAGGUCCAGGCAAUUUUGGAUAAGAUCAAAAGUAAGCCUGAUUUCAACCCCAACCAGCUGUUUGACCCCGAGAAGCAUCUUGCCUGGAAAGACGAGUAUUUUGAGAACACGAAAACUUUCACUCUUCAAGACCUGGGAAUCACCAAAACUCACACCAAACCAAUAAAUAACUUCGGUGCUACUUAUCCGUUCCCCUUGCUGACCGAGGAAGCUAUCGAUAUCAUGAAAUGGGAAGCAUUCCAGCCCCAAAUUGUGAAAAAGUAUGCACGUUUGACAAACCCAGACUUCAGCUUGAAGACCAACCGGCACGACUUCCACAUAGCUGGAUAUCCAGAAGAGGGUCAUGCUCCCUUUACCAAGUCUGUCUAUGAACACCCCCGACUCAAAGAGAUUUUUUCCCAGUUGAUUGGAAUGGAUGUGACAACUACGUAUGGCUAUGAUGUCAAUCAUGUGAAUGUUGCCCUGGCAGAUUUUGACAUGCCUCUAGACGCACCGCUUUAUCCUGAGCCUGAAAAAGACGAGGACGGGAAACCCAUUUUUAAGGCAGAAGAAGUGGGAUCGAUCUUGGGGCAGCACUAUGAUUCAACAUCAAUAGCGUGUGUAAUCAUGUGGGAAUGUCCACAAGAUAAGGGCGGCGAGACCGUCAUCAUCACAGGUGACGAGACUCCACUGGUUAUUCCAAACAUUGCUCGUCCUGGGUACUGUACGCUCUUGCAGGCAAGGGUCAUCAGGCACAUAGCGACAAAACCAAAUACCAAUUCAAAUAGAAUAGCCACCGUGGCUGGCUAUUAUCCGACAGCUCCCAUUUUGGACAACAGUUGCCUGACCAGUGUUCGUCCUAGCAUUCUCCCUCGUUCUGUUCACGACCAAUUUUACACUGAGUGGUUUGAUUUCCGAUUCAAGCAGCUUGAAAGAGUUCUUGCUGACAAGCGCAAAAAAUUGUGGGAUGCUUACAAGAAAGGAGAAACUUUUGACCAAAAGGAUGUCAUUGAAUUUAGCAAAGAAUGCCAGCAGUACUUAUUUGACAGCUGGCGGGAAAUGGAGUUUGCUAAUAACGACCCUUAUCCUCCACCUUUAUUUUCAAAACCGUACUCGGAGCUCACGUACGAAGUAGGAGCUGACAAUAUAAGACCAGCAACCCACGCAGGAUCCUGGUAUACGGGAUCGGCUUUGCGCCUCGAGUUACAACUGGACAAGUGGCUUUCAAAAGCAUCAGGCCCUGUUGCCGGCGCCCGUCUUCUGGUGGGUCCUCAUGCGGGCUAUGCCUAUGCCGGAGAGACGCUUGCGCAAACAUACAGUGCUCUAGAUGCUUCAGAAAUCAAAAGGGUAUUUAUAAUGGGCCCCUCCCAUCAUGUCUAUUUUAGAGGAUGUGUCAUGACAAGCAAUUUCGACUAUUAUGAGACACCUUUGGGCAACGUCCCCGUGGACAAGCAGACGAUAAAGGAUCUGGUAGCAAAAGACCCCAAAAUGUUCAGAUUGAUGUCCGAGGAAAUGGACGAGGAGGAGCACAGCUUUGAAAUGCACAUGCCAUAUUUGUACCGUGUGACAAGUAAAGCCCGAGGCAGUAUUCCCCAAAUUAUACCUAUCAUGAUCAGCGCCACUGACGAAAAGUUUGAGAGAAAACUGGCAGAGCACCUGACCCCAUACUUUCAAGACCACGAAAAUGCGUUUGUAAUAAGCACAGAUUUCUGCCAUUGGGGAUCCAGAUUUGGCUACACUUUGUACACGCCUUCGGGCAAGAUUGCCGAUAUUCAGGAUUUGAGGUAUGGAACAAGCGUACUCAAAAAGUCCGAUGCUUUGCCAAUCUACAAGAGUAUUGAAGCUUUGGACAAGGAGGCAAUGAAAAUCGCCUCGAAAACAUCCUACAAGGCGUUUCGGGACUAUCUGGCUGCGACAGAGAACACAAUAUGUGGAGCUAAACCGUUGAGUGUGCUACUUCUUUUAAUGGAACAAAAUUCGGACAAGAAGCUGGAAUGGCUGGGAUACAAACAAAGCAGCUCUGUCACUUCAGCACACGACAGCAGUGUUAGGUGA